CCUCUCGUCAUAUCUCCAUCCCCAUUCUUCGUUUUCUCCGCUGUCGAUUCUCCUUCCUCCCCUGCAGGCUUCGACCCUUCUGUCUCUAAUUAACCACCAGUUCCUCAGUCUCCUUUUUGAUUUCACCUUGUAACUCAGUCGCCUCCAUCGCUUUAGCUCCCCAACCUCACAUGACUACCUCUGUUCCUCUGUCACAACGACGUUGAGGGAAGCCAGUAGUAGGUGGGAAAAAUAUAUGCCUUCUUCCAGUGCCAAUUUCAUUGAAAAACAAUGGUUGCCGACAUACCAGUCCGAUGGAAUCCGCGCUCUUGAUUUGGAAAUUCACGCUCUGCCAAUUCAUAAUUCGCGACUUUUAUACGGUUUACUGAAAAAUUCGCGCUUCGGCGCUCUAGCGCAGGAGGGGAGCGCCAGGCCAGUUUAGGCGAAUUGGGUGACCUAAUUCGUGCCUCAGCUACCUAUCAUCUCUGAUCGCCGCCCGCAAAAUUUCGGAAACAGCGACCGUGGCACUUUAUUCCCUCUGCUAUCCAUUUCUAUCCACCAUAUCAACAAUUUUCACUCUCCUUCUUAAACUUUCGCCCUGAGCUCCUCUCGACAGUUCUCCGACGAAACCCCUGGCCGAGUUUUGUUAUAUGGAUCUCUGGGUUUGUGUCUUCAAAUUUGAUAGCCAUUGACCAGGUUGUGGAAGUAGGUUUUAAGCUGCGCUGCUGAUGCUCUGAAGCCCGCGAUCGAAGUGGCGGUCCCGAAUGGCAUUGAAGAUCGCUUCUCCUGCUGUCGCUGAGAUCUCUAAGUAGGCCCAAGGAGCCAUUCAGACCACCGGCAUUGACAUCCAGCCUGUAGUUACUGCGGCCAAGGGAUUUUGAAAAAAUGGAGUCAGGAGAUGGAGCAUUGUCAGCAACCUCAUUGGAUGAAUCAAUAACAUCCUUCUUCACCUCGGCUCCUCCUCUAAAAGAGAGUGAUAAUUUGAGAGAAAGGGUUAUGGAGUUCGUCGAGCUCAACUCCACCAUUGCAGCAGCAGGGGAUGGAGGGCACAGGAAGGUUGUCUGCGUGACAUCUGGUGGCACCACGGUUCCACUGGAGCAACGCUGCGUUCGUUACAUCGAUAAUUUCAGUUCAGGCCAUAGAGGAGCAACAUCAGCAGAGUACUUCGUUAAGGCUGGUUAUGCUGUUGUAUUUCUACAUAGGAGGGGAACCAUCAUGCCGUAUACCCGUUCUCUUCCUGAAGAUCCACUGCUUGAAUGUCUUGAGCUUGAUGGCGAUUCCAGCAUUCGAGGUUUGAUUGAAUUUCUCUCUCUGAUUACUCAUACUUCACCUCAUCUUCCACAGGCUGUGGCAGGAAACCUACUGUUAAAACUUCCCUUCACUACUAUAUUUGAGUAUCUUCAGAUGUUACAAAUAAUUGCAAAAGCAAUGAAGCCGCUCGGGCCACUUGCCAUGUUUUAUCUUGCUGCUGCAGUUUCAGACUUCUAUGUUCCAUGGCAGACCAUGGCAGAGCAUAAGAUUCAGUCCGCAUCCGGGCCUUUGGAUAUGCGACUUGUUCAAGUGCCAAAAAUGCUAGCAAUCCUAAGGAAAGAAUGGGCUCCACUCGCUUUCUGCAUAUCAUUCAAGUUGGAGACAGACUCGAAGAUUCUUUUGGAGAAGGCCGACAUGGCUCUUAGAAAGUACAAGAUGCAUAUGGUGAUAGCGAAUGAACUGUUGACGCGUAAAGAAGAGGUUACUGUCGUUACUGUCGACGGAAAGAUCCCGGUAUACCGUGACAAAUCGCAACCUGAUUCUGAUGUGGAACAGCCCCUAACUGAACUCAUUCGGAAUAAGCAUUCUACUUACAUCAAGAACACUAAUAGGUGAUUUUUGUCCAGCCAACUGCAGAAAGAUCUAUCUAUGAAAUGUACUUUUACAUUCUGUGAACACUAGUCAUGGCCUCAUGGGUUCCUUCAAACUUAGAAAUCCUUUCUUGCUGUUGACGUUGGGCCAAGAAUAAAUCAGGAAAAGAACAGAGACUCCAUAUGCAAACUCUUUGCUGUUUGUAUCGUUCAUCCAAAACUUGGUGGAAGUGGGCAAUUUUAUUAGCCCUGUGGUCAUCAUUUGCU